AUGGUUGCGGGUGUGUCGUAUCGGCUGUGGGUGGCUGGAAUCAUAGUUGAGGGUGUGUCAUCUCAGCUAUGGGUGGCUGUUGCUGAGGUUGGCCGAGAGCAGAGGUGUUGCAUAGGAGACAGCCGGCUGGAGUUGCACGCACACACAGACGGACACAGACACAGCCGGGGGGGCAGAGGAACUGAGAAGAAACCUAACAAAAAAAAAAACCUUUCUUUGCCUCCCUCGGCAUCCUCUUCUCAACAACCAAUACCGCCGCCUCCACCACAGCACUGCCUGCCACCCUCUUCACCCAGCCUCCCAUCCAUCCUCUUCUCAGCACCACUCCCUCGCCCUCCGCAACCACUCCGACCAACUGCAGCCGAGAACCCCCUGCACCGACCAUCCUCCACAGCCGCACCAGCAGAAGAAGAUUUCCUGUUGCGGCUCCCUGCUCACGGCCACUCUUCAUAUCUUGUAACCCCGCAUGGUGUCACCAUCACCGUCACUCCCCCCAGCCAUCACGAGCACCAACAGCGGCCACCGACCCCAGUUCUCCGGCAGCACCCGAGUCUCCUCCAGCAGGCCGCAGAGAAGUCCACAGCCCACCAGCAGCUUCCAGAUCGCUGCAACACUCUGGUGAUACCCGCCGUCACAGCUCCCGGCGACCGUGCGCCGGUCUUCGUCUCCGGUCCUGUUCCGAUCCCUACUCCAUCCCUCAGCCUCCCUCUGUAA